UUAUAAAAUGUUUAUUUCAGAAGAUUGAAUCAAGAAGGAAAUGGCCUCUGAACCACGAGGAAGUUCUCCAGCAGUGAGAACUAUGUCGAGGAGCCUAACAGGUUCACCUUCUCCAGUCAGAACUAGAUCUGUAGCACCCUCUUCAAGAUCAAGAUCUCCUUUCUCUAGAUCUCCCAGAUCCCCCAGAAAUAGAUCACCUAGGUUCAGAUCUCCAAGAUCGCCAAGAUCUCCAGCUAUGAAGGUUAUCGAUGGAGAUCGGGAGAAGCCCGAACCUUCCAACUGUUUAGGAGUUUUCGGAUUAAAUUAUUCCACAACUGAGGAUGAUUUAGAUCGGAAGUUUAGUGAAUAUGGUAAACUGGAGAAGAUAAACCUAGUCCUAGACGGUCCUAGUCGCAAUUCACGGGGUUUCGGGUUUAUAUACUUCGAGAAGAUCGAGGAUGCGACACGGGCGAGGGAAGCGAUGAACGGCAAGGAGCUCCAGGGUUUCAAGCUCCGGGUAGAUUUUUCUUUAACAAAAUCUGGUCAUAAACCUACCCCUGGUGUUUACUACCAUCGUGGCAAGGCGUUGAAACCGGGAGAGAGACAAGGUACUAAAUAUAAACACACGUCGAGUAGAACUCAGAGAUAUCGGGACCCUGAGGAUAGAGAUCAAGGUUGCCGAUGGAGAGAUUCAUUUUCGACUAGAGAUCAUCAUCGAAGAUCGUACAGAGAUAUUCAUAGAGAUAUUGACCGAAGUAGAGAUGAUCGAUACCAUGAAGAACGAUAUCGGGACGAACGGUACAGAAAUGAACGAUAUAUUAGUGACCGUUAUAGGGGAGAUAGAUAUAGGGAUGAACGAUACCCAGAUGAUAGAUAUAGGGAUGAUCGAUACAGAGAAGAUAGAUAUAGAGAUUAUAGAUACCAGGAUGAACGACUAGUGGACGAUCGUCGAGAUCAACUUUAUCACGAAAGAUCGUAUAGAGAUCGCGAGUACGAACCAAGGUACUCUGAACGGGAUCAAGCCUUCUACUCCAGAGAUCCCUACAAUCCUCCUCCCCACCAUAGAUCAACAUCUAGACGAUCUCCUAGUCCUGGUCCAUCUCGAAGAUCAAGAUACUGAAUCUAGAAAUUCUAUAAAUAUUAUUGUUUUCCCGAGAAAAUAGAAAUCAUCCCUCCGAUCAAUUAAGAUUGGGAUUAGUGGCGGGAAAAUAUUUUCGACAAAAAUUUUAAAAUGAAAUAAAUUUGAUAUGUUUGUUCAAUGCGAAAGCUUCAAACUGUGAACUAGAGAAACUGGAUCAAUCCGAAACUUCAAUCAAUCAAUCCGUCAACCGAUCAUUCUGUCAUUAAUGUCAAUCUGUCAAACGUUAGAGAAUUUGUCAAAGCAUCGUCGAUCAAACCUGAGAAUUGUAACACGGCUGUGAGAAUUGUGAUACCAAAUAAAUUGAUCAAAUAUUGAGAGUUUUAAAAUGCUGAAGAACCACGUUGCGUUUCUGCAUUUAAAUGCGGUUUUUGUUCAUGUAGUCCCAUUUGUAUAAUUUCAUUUUUUUCUUCUUGAUUUCCGUUAGAUAAUAAAACUAGCUUCUUCAUA